UGGAGCGCCAAUUUGCAGCCAAGCCAAGCCAUUUGGUCUGAUCUUGAAUCUACGUCGUGUAUAGCGUCAGAUAGUGUUUCUGAUAGUAUGUUUCUGGUAGUCGUAGUUUCGAGAUGAUCGAGGGCGAUUUUAUAUACUGCACUUGAGGGUCGUGCCGGGGUUCACGGCCCUCACGGUUUCCUCGAUGAACACCGGAGCUGAGAAGAUCAUCGCAAGAAUGCGGCGUCAGCGGAAGUGUGUCACUGCUGGUGUGUCAUCUAGGCUUUCCACCAGAAUAAUGGCAGUGCGUCGCGGCCGUCCUCAACAUUGUCAUUUCUAGCUGUCAACACAACUAUGUCUGUGUGGCCGAGUUCCGUCACACUCAUGUCUCCCAUGAACAAAAUCACCGACCUCCCCACCGCCUCCAAGCUCCUCUCCGAUUUUCUCCACCGAAAAUCCCGCGUUCUCGUUCUCACCGGGGCGGGCAUUUCCAAAGAUUCCGGUAUCCCAGAUUACCGAGGGAAGCAUGGAUCUUACAAGAAAGGCCACCGACCCAUGACGAUCCAGGAGUUCAAAUCGAGCACGUACAUGCGAAAAAGGUAUUGGACAAGAGGCUUUUUCGGCUACAAAAACCUGAACGAGGCCAAACCGAAUGCCGGGCAUCGAGAAUUGGCCAGGCUGGCCAACAGAUGGGGGUCUGGAACGCUUGGCGUUGACGUGGAUGCUUCCGCAGCAGGCGGUAGUGGCGAACUGCAAAGUAGCUGGCUCCGUGUGAUAACGCAAAAGUAUGAAGAGGGAUAUUGGCCGCCUUUUUGCAUUUCUGAUCCUCUUGUUCCUGGCAAUGCUUGUGCAUUCUUGUUUCCUGCAUCAAAAGUAGGAUACUCAUGUUGGAUCCACCUGGACAUCAGCAGGCGCAAGACCAGCACUGCUAGCUGUGAUCAGAAAAAGAAGUAAAAGACAAAGAUCAUUUUCCCCCUAUAAUACAUUGUGGACGGACUUCACCAGCGCGCGGGCAGCCCCGAGGUUUUAGAACUCCACGGCUCCCUGCAUCGGAUCGUGUGCGGCAGCUGUGGGCAUGAAGCGCCGUAUUCCCGGGAGGAGAUGCAGCAGGUGUUAUUCGACUUGAAUCAGGCGAAAAAAGAGAGGGAGGUAGUUGUAUUGCCCUCAGCAGCAUCAUCUUGUCCUUCAUCUGCUAGUUCUUCAUCCGACGAAAGUAACUCCGACUACCUCUUCCCCUCAACCCUCCAAUUGAAAGACGUCCAGGCGGAAAAUUUCUUCCCCGUUAACGCCGAUGGCGACGCGGAAGUGGAGGACGAAGACAUCAUCACCCGGUUCCGAUUACCGGCAUGCCAAGCCUGCGGCAAAGACUUCCUCCGCCCGGAUGUGGUGUAUUUUGGCGACAAAGUGCCGGGAAGUAGGUGGGACACGGUUUCGAACUGGACGAAACACGCCGACGGACUGAUCACCAUGGGCACAAGUCUGGCCGUGGGGUCGGCGUGGCGGGUGAUGCGGCAGUGUGUGGAGAAUGGCGUGCGGGAGAUUGUGGUGGUCAACGAGGGGCCGGUGCGGGUUGACGAAGAAAGAGAUUUGGGGCAGUUGAAGCAGGUGGUGAAAGAAGAUGAAAGCGGAACUGAAACGAAACGACCUCCAGCCGUCGAAAAGCUAUGGGUUCACAGAUUAGAGGUCGGAUGCAGUGAAGUACUGGUGGAAAUGAAUCGGACCACAUGAAGAACACUUUGAUUAAAGAGCAAGCGUUUGACGACUUCCAAUGUCUC